AUGGCUGCGUCUCCUGGAAGUAUGUACCAAAAACAAGUUCUUAAAAAACGGCCAACGUCCUACCUACAGUCAUCUUUAGGAUCUUUGUCCAAAUCAGACCGAUAUAAAGAGAAAGAUAUCUCUUUAAAUUCAAAUCCGCCAGGCAGCCCGGAGAUACAGCGAUCAAACAUCAGCUUAAGGAAGUUCAGUCAAAUUAGUGCGCAUUCUGAUGCUUCAGAGGCUGAUGAAAACCACGCCGAUACUAACGGUAACUCAACCAAACAAACAGGGACGCCAAAAAAUGCCAUUCGGGCAAAACAUCACCAGGUAAGACAUCUUACCUUACUCAAGCUUUGGAGUGAGAAAGUACAUGAGUUUUUCGUGUGAUGUCCAUUGUUUAGCGAUGUUUUGAUGUGUUUAGAAAGACUAAGGUGAUAUUUACUUACAUACUUGCAUCGGUAAGUCGCUCCCUUCCUUCCUGGAAGUGCAUCCAGCGAUUUGACUGAAACUUACUGUCAAUUUAAAAAUCUGGAUUUACAAAACUGUGUGAUAUUUCUCGAAGUUUCGCACAACUCUUAGAUAAACAUCGCUGUGAAGAAGCCUUGAGGUUUGAUACUAUAUUUUAGCCAUUCAAAACAGAAAGCUUAACAGAUUAGGCCACCGGAACUUUAAUCAAACCGAGCGUAAUUAUUACUGACGUACGAUAUCAAAAUUUCAUAACUUUUAAUGAGAAACUAACUCUCGAACGAGUUUAUUUGUGGCACAGCCUGUGCUUAUGCAUCUGAAGUACAUUGUUUGCAUGUAGUCGCUUAAAUUUACGGGUACAGCAGCGCAACAAACUGUACAAGAUACGUCAGAAUACAGCGAGUGUGCACGUAUUGGCCCUCCAGUUGUGCGAUACAUAACCAAUACUCAUAUGGACUAUUCAUCUUAUAGAAAGCUGGUGAGAUUUGUACUUAUUUUUGAAAAUCUACCUUUAGGAGUCUUUUGACGGUACUACGUAUUUAGGUAACAGCGUAGCUACAAACCGGUAAUCAUUAUGAUUACGCAUGACUCGGGCUAAAGAAUUGGAGGCCGAUUAUACUUUUGUUCGCUGCAAAUAAAGGUAUUUGUAUCCGAGAGGAGGUACGAAAUUUUAGACAAAAUGUCAAUUAACACAUGCUUCAUAGGAGUCCUUAUUGCCUCGAGCAUUGUAAGUAACUUUUCAAAGUCCCAUUACCGAACGUUUUCGCAUGAGCUUAAUCCAUAAUAUUUGGUCUGAGAUUAAAGUUAGUAAGCAAAUUAACUUAAUUUUCUGACCAAAAGUCAUUUUUUCAAUCAAUGCUGCCAAUUAAGUGGAUUGAGUGCGAAACAUGGUGUGAAUAAUAUUCAACAACAGUGUAAACAGUGUAAACACUCCAAAACUUAGGAAUCAAGGUUACUUCCCACCUUCAGAGGCCGAAAAAUCGUUUUUUCUUUAAUUUGACUAAACUGACUUCAAACAUUUUGCCUAACGUUUCCAAGAAAACAUGUUCUAAAAUUUCCAAGAGUACCCGAGUUAUUAAGAAAAACGUAAUUUCAAAUAAAAGAUAAAAACGUGAAUAUGAAAGCGAUCUUCGCAGUAAUGAACACUACUUAAGUAGUAGUGAAAAGAAGGCCUGAAAAAAAUUCAGGCCUGUACGGGAUUUGAACCUAUGACCUUUGCGAUACCGGUGUAGUGCUCUACCAACUGAGCUAACAAGCCAACUGUGUUGGUUCCAAAUAAACCCGUGAAGUGGUGAAUAAACGGUUGUGAAUAUAUGGAAUUCAUAUAUUUGAACUGCGGUUAAAGACUUGAAUAUGAAAGCGAUCUUUCAGCACUGCACCGGUAUCGCAGAGGUCAUGGGUUCAAAUCCCGUACAGGCCUGAAUUUUUUUUUCUUCAGGCCUUCUUGAAAGCGAAGAUCGCUUUCAUAUUCACGUCUUUAACCACAGUUCAAAUAUAUGACUUCCAUAUAUUCACAACCGUUUAAAAGAUAAUAAAUUAGGAAGCUGUCACAAUCUCGUAACUGAGCGAGUCCCCUGGGGGAAUUUUCGCGGCAAGCGGUCAUCUUCAGGGCUCGUUGGUCAUGUUAUUUGCAUAUUUUGUUUACAUCGCGCAAUUGACAAAAUUCAGACGUGGAAGCUCUUUGCUUAUGGAAAAAUUUUUGCUCAUGGAAAAAACAAAUGCAGAAGAAAGACCUUGGUAUAAAAAGAGGAAAAAAAAAACAGGCCCUAAGACGAAAGAUUUCGAACAAAGUCGCGUCAAACCAAAAUUUGUCAUACAUAGAGCGAAAAUGAGGUUUCUUUUAUUUAUGCAAGUACCAGCCUUGACACAUGAACUUUAACAAUUGCCUCGAAAUGUUAUUUUGAAAGCCGUCUGUCGAUUCUUUUUCUUGCUUCUCAGCACAUUUUGAGGUUUUUCCAUUUUUGCCACGGGUUUUUCCUAUGGCGUUGGCGUUGUCGUCCUCCUCAACGCUCUACAGAACGAUCGAGAUGAAAAAACGUGUCCGCCAUGGAUCACUUUUCCCGGGAAAUCUUGAUCCAUCGUUAUUGACGCCAGGAGGUCCCGUUGUCCCAUUGGUUUGCGGUUUCGGGAGGCGAGAUAAUCUCCGAGCGUGGUGCGAGUUGUUUACGAACCUUUAUGAGCUAAAAAGUGCUAAUGAUGAGAUAAUGAGCUAUGAAUAAGACUGUGCAGCCAUUUUGCUUGGGCUGCUGCAUCCGAUACCCGGUAAAUUCAAUAAAAGAACCCUCGGUCGUUUCACGCCUUACCGGCUCCUGACACUUCCUAAGAGGAAAGGAUAUCAAGGAUAUGUCGUGAAAACCAUAGAUGGUUAAACAAAGUCAUUUCUUGGGGUUACUUAUGAUAAACCUUUAGUAUCGCCAGCUUUAGCAAGUUUUUUCGAGAUCUUAAUAUAUUGGCAAUAUAAAAAUGCUGUGAAUGAAGUUUGAUUAUUACUAAAGUAUAACUAGCAAACACACAGAGCUACUUGGUAUUCUGAUUGUGACAGAAAAGUAAGGAUGUGAGAUGUGACUUGUCUCUUGUCAGUUUAACUACUCUUACCAUAUCUCUUACACGUAGGUUGAGACUUUUAACCGGGAAGACUGUGUCGUCACCUUCUAAAUUUGAUUGGCUGAUUUGUUUACCAUAUGUAAAUAAGAGCUAUGUAUCUUGUAUUCUUUGCUGGCCCUCUGUUAUUCAAGUGCUAUACUUUACUAGUUCUUGAUGUUUGUGCUUUAUUUUUUCCCUGUGACAGAAAGCAGGCAAAGGUAAUAAAAUACAGAAACUGCAUCAUGCAGCUUUGUCUGGAAACGAGGCAGAAGUGCAAAAAUUGCUUGGAAAAGGAGUUGGUGAGUGUGGAGUAAAACUCUAAAAAUCAUUUAGACCAUUUAUGCAAAUAUUCCUUCAUAUCUAAGAAUUAAAAAUGGCUCACAAUCAGUACUUUAUAUAUUUAGAGUCCCAUUUCGAACUACUUUCAAACGGAUCAUCACAUAACUCUCUGUCGUAUCUGUUUUAAUAUAAUCACAAACAUAGCUGACUGCCAUUGUUUGAAUUGGUGAUUUAGAACGUAAUAUUUUAAAUUUUGAGUUGUGUUAGAAAAUUAAGUAAAUGUAAUUACUGCAAGUAAUGUAAAAAAACGAGAGGAAAAAAAUCCUCGUUUCAAAGGAGCUUUUCUGAAAAUUAAAAUGAAUGUCCCUUAUUAGGAUUGGACUCCGGAAGUGACAUGCGCGCAGGGUACGCGUACACCUUACAUUAAGUCUUUUCUAGCUUUCUUGAAACACUCGUGCACAAAAGUCCGUUUUAGUUGUAUUUUUGAAAAUUGCAUUCAAGUUCCAGCGCAUGUAAAUUAGUCUGAUGGUUUUCAUUCAAUUUUACUUAUUAUCAUUUUACACUUGUAGGGUGUGUACGUGUCGGCACGUUCUUAGGCUGAAUCAGGGCUGGCACUGAUGAUCUUUUUACACCUUACACUUAGUUAAUUCAUUUCAAUAUACUUAUUGAUUGAGGUAACUAUAAGAUGUAUCUUUGCAUUUGUUUCCCCUAGACAUAAAUGCUCCGGAUUCAGUUGGCAAAACCCCGUUGCAUAAUGCCAUUCUUGGGAAACAUCUCAACAUCGUAGACCUGCUGUUGAAAUCAGGAGCUGAUGUCAAGUGUCUUGAUGAGCGAGGAGACACGCCUCUCCACGCUGCUGUCAGAGUUGAUAGCGAGGCAAUUGUUGUGGUGAGAAAAUAUAAUGUUUGUUCUUGUUAUAAUGAUACUUUCCUACUUUUACUUGGUAGAACUAUAGUUGACCUCAUUGCUGCCUCUUGAGCAGAAAAUAAACUCUCGAUCUUUCCUAAUAAGACUAUAUUGAUCUUGAUCAAUCCUUAUCAGGAGAUUAAGGGAUGGUGUCCAUCUGUACAUGUUAGGUGCACCUAAUGGUAGCGAGACCUGCAUUUCAUUAUGAUUGUAUUAAGUCUUAUCAAUGAUGUCGUCUAUUCUUAAUAUCCCUAGCUAUUGUUAAAAGACGGUAAAACCAACACUAAUGCGAAAGGAUUCGGGUCUUACACACCUCUUCACAUUGCUGCUCAAAUGGACUGCGUUGACAUUUGCAAGCGAUUGGUAAGAAACUGUGUGUUUUAUUUCAAUCUUACAUGUUUAAUCUAGGAAUUUUUGAGAAAAGACAUUGAACAUUACAUGACAAGGUAUUAGUGACUAAGCCUCCAAUUUUGUAUGUACGCCCAGCAGGAUAACUGGUUAGGGAAGCUCUUACUAUCAGUAAGAUGGCUGGUAAGGGAUAAUUCGAUCGAGACGUUAUGCAAUUAAGCGUCGAGAAUACAGUUAACAGUAACAUAAUGCACAAACAUAGCUAUAAAUCUAUUGAUGCAAGUGGAUAAUUGUUCUCUCCGAGAAUGUUACUCUGGCUCAAAAGAUGGUAGUCAAACAGCAUUUGACUCCACGAAACUGUAGAGAUUCAUUUCUCACUUUUUACAAAAUUCUCUAAUUUUAGGUGGAGCACGAAGGCGACAUCGCUCAAGCAGCUGAAGACAAAAUGACUCCCUUCGGUUUCGCAAUAGCUAAGGGAGCACAGGCUGUGUCUGAAUAUUUUGCUGGAAUUGGUAAUUCAUUUCAUUUUAUGCUGUAUCUUGGUUACUAUAACAUGCUUCCGUGGGAAAGUAUAAGUUAACCGGUAAACUCAUCAGUGACAUAAAGGAUAGUUCUUUUCGAGUUAAGAAUGUCUGGCAAAGAAGAAACUCUUGGUUCUUUAGUUCUCUUUAAUGACGCCACUAACCAGUUAAACCGAGAUACUUGUUACAGUACCUUGCAUGUUCACCUACAACAUUGUCCACGCGUAUUCCCCCCCCCGGUCCCCCCCAGGGGAAGAAAGUCGAGACCCCGUAUCAAGACAUGUCUACUGACGCGGCCGGUAUGAUUACUUGUGCUUUGAUGUCGUACCACUAUAAUUUUCUAUUAUGUAUCCUGCUCCUUCUUUAUUUUGAACCAUAUAAACCAUAAAAAAAAAAUGCUUCAUAACAUUUCCUGACUGUGGUGUUUCGCUUUAAUUUUCAGUCAAGGAGAAAGACAUGAAUUUAGAGGGUCUCCUCUACAACGUUGAUAAUGAAGGUAGCACCUUACUCCAUCUUGCAGUGGACAGCGGGAUUCUCCCGGUGAGACACGUUUCUCAUUUGAAAACCAUUUUUAUCACUGCGAAAAUAGUCAAGGGCAUAUUUGAAACACAUGAAAUAGACUACUUCACCUCCCAUAAUUUUGAUGAAGGAAUAGGAUGGGAUAUUUAUAUCCGCAGCGAUAAAUAUAGUUCAACCUCUAAGGAAAUAAAUGCUCUCAUGCGAAAAAAAAAUAAUAACCAAACGAAAGCUUGCACAUAUUCCUGAGCUUUAAAGGAGCCGUGUCUUUUUUUCAUCUUGUGUAUCCAAUUUGAUUUCUUUCGGCGAAAUAAAACUCUUCUUUCUUCUUCAGAUUGUAGGGUUGAGUUUAAAGCUUGGAUCAAAUGUGCGCCAAACAAAGGUAACAAAUUUGUACUCUUUGAAUUCACAUUGUAAUCCUGGAGAAAAAAAUAUCUGUGCCCUAAGGUCUGAGUUGAAUAUCUUAGAACAAAAUCAACUCUGAUGAAAUUAAGAGCUCCUCGCAGCUAAGAACACUACUGAAACGAGUAGUUGAAAAUAGGACCUGAAAAAAAUUCAGGCCCGUACGGAAUUUGAACCCAUGACCUCUGCGAUACCGGUGCAGCGCUCUACCAACUGAGCUCGCAAGCCAACUGGGGGCUGGUCAAUGUGUUGGGUCCAAAUAAACCAUCCAGGUGAUGAAUGAUGAUUUUAGAUAUAUGAAAUUCAUAGAUUUGCACUGCGGUGAAGAGAUGAAAUUAAGAGAUCCUCGCAGCUAAGAACACUACUGAAACGAGUAGUUGAAAAUAGGACCUGAAUGAAUGUAUGGAAGUCAUAUAUUUGAACUGCGGUUAAAGACGUGAAUAUGAAAGCGAUCUUCGCAGUAAUGAACACUACUUAAGUAGUAGUGAAAAGAAGGCCUGAAAAAAAAAAAAAAAAAAAAAAAAAAUUUAGGCCCGUACGGGAUUUGAACCCAUAACCUCUGCGAUACCGGAGCAGCGCUCUACCAACUGAGCUAACAUGCCAACUGUCAUUCUUUUCAACUACUCGUUUCAGUAGUGUUCACAUUUUACCCCAUAACAGGAAUCAGAUAACAGCACUGCUUUACAUCUAGCAUGCUCACAAGGCUCUCUUGAGAUCGUUCAACUGCUGACCAAUGAGAUCCGCGACAUCUGCAAAGAAGAGAUCAUCGAUGAACAAGGCAUGUUUCCCAUUCACCGAGCAGCAAUGAACAAUCACUUCACAGUGGUAAACUUUUUAUUGGAUCAGGUGAGGGAUUUCUUUUCAUUAUAAUCAAUAGAAUCUAAAUACUAUUAGAAAAAGCUAUUCCAGGAGAUGCUCUUUUUCCUUCUGUUGUUUCCUUCCCUUCUUCUUGGAAUUCUAAAGAGUAUUUAGCAAAAGCUGGCUCUUUUCUAACCUUUGCUCAAAACGCAUUGAUUGGGACAGUGAGGAUGAUCAGGCACUGUGCUGAUUUUUCAUUCCUUUCGUUAUAUUUGCAGUGUGAAAAAAGGGCUUAAUACCGUUUUCAUUGUAUAACUAUUCCUUAUUUUGAAAUUCUUGGUUCUCUAUGACAUUGCGUUUCCUUCAGGAGGAGCCGAUUGAAGCCAUAAUAAAAAAUAUCGACAGGAUACACACUUGGGUCAUUCUGAGUCCUUCCUAUUUAUUAUUCAUUAUUUUUUUUUACUCAGGGCGCCGAAGCUGACCCCAGAGACAUUGAAGGCCAAACUCCUCUUUUCUUAGCCGCUUCAGUGGGUGGAACAGAGACUGUUCAGCUCCUUAUGGAUCGGGGAGCCGAUGUAACACUCAAAGAUAUGGAGCUACGCUCGGCUCUGCAUGUAGCUAUUGGGAACACAAGUACCAUGGAUGCCUUAAUGAAGGUACCUACGUCACAACAUUAUUAGUUCAAUUUGUUUUUACUUAGGGUAAUAUUCCUUAUCAUCACUAGAUAAAUUACGUAUGAAUAAUUUUUUGCCAUUACAAAUACACUUUGAAGAAAUAUAUCUAAGCCUCCGUUUCUCAUGUGCACAAUUCUUUUCGAGCUAAAAAUUGAAGUUGGUUGGGGGAAAUCUCACUUCAUUUGUGUUCAACGUUCCAGGUUCAUGAACACAGUUCCCGAAGACAGUCAGUUGCCUUCUUUAUCGUAAUUGAUUCUGGUAUAUUUAUAAAACCAAUCAAAAUAAUGAAGUAUAGUCAAAGUUUUUCGCCAUGUCCAAACUAUGUCCUUGCACUGACACGAAAGACACUGAAAACCUCAGCACUUUGGUAGGUUACUCGUAACUUACGUACAUUAUCCUCCCAAUUGAUUCUAGAGUCCCUCAUCCAAGUCAUUAGUGGUUGACAAAGAUGCGACUGGAUAUACUCCGGUACAUUAUGCAGCACGAGCUGGAUGUCUUGAGGUACUGCGAUCAAAAUCAGCCUGUCUCUCUUCUAAUUUUGGAUUACAAAUAAGUAAAAAAGGUCGUUUUUCAUGGAACGUGAUGCCGUCGAUAUUGUUGGAACGAAACAUUGCAGCAACAGCCGGACUUUUAGUGGAAACUAGUGUGUGGGAGAUGAACUCUUUCUGAUGCGAAUCAAGUUUCUCUUUUACCUCAGUGCAAACGAACGAUCCUCAUCACUAAAAAUUCUCGAGUAGCACUGGAAAGUGUAAAAACACCGACUCCUUAUUUUCGUUUACUGAUUUUUGUUUUAUGUCUAAAGCACAUCAUACUCUUCAUCAGCAAGAACAAAGCCGCUGAACAAGUCACAUCAGAUUCACUGGAUACGCCUCUCCAUAUCGUCUCCCGGUAUGCUAUGCAGAGCUAUGGCAUUUCUUAUAGAUACUUCAAAUGAUGACGUACUCUUGGCAAUUCAAUGUUUUCAUUGUGAACUUUACACACUUCUUGACUUUUUGAAGGUAUGGCUGGCUGGAGAUUGCUCAAAGGCUACUGAAAAAAAGAAAUGUGAGAAUCAUAAAUGUACAGAAUAACCAAGGAAAAACACCCCUGCAUUUGGCGUGUCACGAGGGCCAUGAACAAAUAGCUAAACUUCUCUUGAUGGAAGGUGCAACAAUUGAAAGGUAAACUGAAAGAGCACUAUUUGUUACUUUUAUCCUUAACUAGUAUCAUAUCAACUACUUGAAUAGUAAAUAGAGUUUUAAUCGAGUGGACUAAAGCUUUUGAUAGGCGGCCGGUACUGAUGAUCUGUUGAUCAGUUAAUCUGCGAUUAAGUGGUCAAUAUUACGCGAGAGUGUUAAGAAGUAAGCGAAAAAGUCGACAGGAUACUUUUUCGGUCCCGGAUCAAUUUCGACUCACGUAAGGGACUAAGAAAGAAAGAUGGACUGUGCUCUGCCAAAUUUAAUGGUCGCCACUUUUAUUAGGGAUCAUCAUGACCGAACACCACUUCACCUGGCAGCAACAAAGGGCUCAGAGGAGUGCGUCGAGUACAUACUGGAAACGCACCCAGGAAGUUUAAACGCCAUUGACAAAUAUCAGGUAUUCACUUCAUAUUAAACUUACAUUCAUCAGACCAAAGGUUAGUAGUCGAAGCUGUGGACUGCUGUAGUAUUUUACUGUUAAGUAGAAAAUUCGAAUGGAAAUAGGCGCGUUACUUUAUCGUACAUCCGUGGUAUGCGAUACUUGAAACCAUUUUCAACGUUUUAAGAAAUUCGCGUGUGUUUUCUUCUAAUAAAUUGUUUUAUACAAACAUUUUGACAUACACACCGAGCCCCUAACGUGUAUAUUGCACUUUUUAACUUAUUCAUGCAUUAGAUAUUGACUACUAAGGGUUGCUUUUGAUGUUUGAAAUAAAAAAAAACAAAUGGCUUAUAUGCUACCUCCCCUCUUAGCUGUUAACAUUCAUUGACUUAACGAGUAACGAGUUAACUCAUUUAUUGACACAGAACACGGCUCUCAAUCUGGCAGCGACCGCUGGCCAUGCGUCGCUAGUAACUUACCUGCUCUCUGUUAAAGAACAAGAGAUCCUGUUAAACUCGCAAAAUCAAAACGUUCUUGACCUUGCCAUCUCGAACGACAAAGAAGCGGUUGCUAUGGCAAUCAUUGAACAUCCCAGGUAAGCAAUCGCCCAGGUAGGACGGAUUUUCUCUGCUUUUUAUUUUUACUGUGCUUGUACGUAUUGGGUUGCAAAUCAGUGAUCUGUCAGGAGGAUUAGAAUGUCUCAGAUUGGCAAUAAAGCUUUCCGCGAUGACUUUUCACUCUUGACGUAUAGCUGGUGAUUUUACAAUUCGCCAGAGAUACGUUUUGGCAGGGGAGCCAUGACAAGUGAUGCGCACGAAGCCACAGAAUGAACCAUGCUGUCACAUAUACAGUUGUUGUCGUUUGUUUGUUUUCGGGGGGGGGGGGCUUAAAAGUUGUCUCAAGGCAGAGGUAAUGGCAACCGAGAAACAAUCACUGGAAAAAAGAAAUUCAACACUAAUUUGCCACUAAUUUGUAGAAGGAGUUGCAGCCCUUCCCGAAUAUUUCAUGGCCGCUUUGGCUGAUGCUCUUACUUACGGCUGAUCGGUUUCGUUAUUUGCAUUUCUUGUGAGAGAUUGUUAUUACCAAGUCAUUUGAUUUCUUUCAUCCACUUGUUAAUACACAGAUGGAAGGAGGUAAUGGAUUCAGCCGGGGGAGGAGGAGUGUCUCAGAUUCAGACUUUGGUAGAGAAGAUGCCGGAGGUGGCAGAAGUAAGUGAUAUGCAGAAUUUCACGCUCUAUGUGAAUAACUGAAUUCCCAGCUUUUUGUGUCUCUAGCCCAGUAUAUAACAGUCUAUUCAAUGAAUAAACUAUGUACAUGAAACAAGGCCAAACAAAGAGACAAAAGAGAAAAAAAUUUGAUUCUUCAUCUUAACGGUUUUUCGCACGAAUGCAAAACCUUCUAGAAGUAACCGAUCUGGUAGAAAUGUAAAUAUAAGUAUAUUUACAUUUCUACCAGAUCGUACCACAGUCAUCUUAUUUGACCAAUUUCUCAUUUUCAUUGCAGUCCUGGUUAAUCUGCAAUACCUUUUAGAUAACCUAACAUAAUUCUCUUCGUUUGAUUGGUUUCUGUUUUCUAGCGUGUUCUUGAUCAAUGUGUCGACCAAGAGGGCGACUCGAGCAGUAAAGAUUUCAAAGUAAGCUGCCUUUUCAUUUUUAUUAGUAGUGCGCUCUAAUUUCUAAAGACACAUGGCUGUAAUGUGCUUCAGGGUUUAUCAACCUUGCCUUAUGAGCCCUAAAUUAUUUUGUUCAACAUUUGUAUCUCCUGUUGCUCUUCCCCUUACGUCAUAUUCGUUUUCUGGCUUCUCCUUGCUCAGUUGGUUAAAAUCUUUAAUACUAUCAUCCUAUUAUUGUUAAAACUUUUAUCAUGAAUCUCUUAAGAAAAGAAUUCUAAUAAUGUGGAUCUGAAGACAAUUUCCUUUGAUGCCUUACGACGUCUAUUUUAGAUUUUCGGUUGGUCACGGCCGUAAGACUUUGGUAUUAAAGACAAAACAUAACAAAAUCAGGAAGAGGAGAAGUAAUUACAAGAUCAGAAUGGUGAGGAGGAAGAAUGUAGGCAAGAAAAAAAAAAUUAUGGACGUUCGAGGUCAAAGUCCACCCGUGAUAUCAAUCUUUUGCAUAUUUGUAACAGAGCAUACGGGGGUCUAUUUGUAAUUUCACUUUUAUCCAUUCGUUAUUCUAUGCGUUUAUUCAUUCACCAUUCACACCGUUUCAGUUUUAUUUUAUUCAACGAUUUGUGCAAAUAUCUACUCAGGUAACAUAUGAUCUGCGGCUGAUUCAAGGAAAGCAAAACAGUUUUACAAGUUCGUUAGAGCAUUCAUUAGAUGCCCUAAAGGUGAAGAUUUGAGUAAAGUCUUGUUAAUUACCACUAAACAUGUUGUUUCUAGGAAGGAAGAAUUACCUUUCUUGUACAAAUGUACGCCAAUUAACAAGGUACAUUCUGAUAAUCUGGAUGGUCGUAAGUCAAGCAUGUAAGCUACGGAUUAGAAAACUUUAUCAAUCGUCAAGAUUGUUAAACCUCAAGUCGCAUUUAUCUCAUAAAUAGUUACAAGUGGAGUUGGGUUUGAAUCCAACUCAGAGCUCCUGCGAGGUCUUAUAACUCCCUACACUCACUUAACUACGUACAUUCCAGAGCUUUUUUUAAGAGAAAAUGUUACAACAGAGCUCAAAACAAUUUUAACAUCAAAUGAGUAAUAUUUCUCUCUCUUCCUGAAUGUAGACUAUGGCAGAAAGACGGCGAGAGAAUUGCUUGACUCAUCCAGUAUGCUAUGUGCUCAUGAACAUCAAAUGGUAAAUAACAGGAUAAUUUAAUUACUCCAACUUACUGAAUGUAAUAAUUGACCAAAUAUUCAUUUGGACUGAUUAAAAAGAUGUAUCUUCUAAAAAUAUAUUUCAAUUUUUAAUAAUUUUCCAUUCGAAGUUCAGAGGUCAAGUUCUUGUUACUUUCGAGGUCGGUGUCGACUUUGUCCUUCCACUUGUUGAUGUAAAGUCAAAGUAAAUACUGUGUUAAUAACAUCCUCAGGAGACCAACCUUGGGAUGUUAGUACUAAUGGCCUAAGACUAAGUGAAUACGUAUAUAAGUUAUCAGUAAAAAUUAAAGAAAUGAGAAAAAGUUAGUGAAAGUCAGCUAACAAUAAAAGCUGUCCUGUUUUUCAAGUUCUUCUCUCUUUCAGUUGUCUCUUUAAACUAGAAUAAACAUCCACUAAACUAGUAAUCACUAAUUGGCAGGCAAUAACAUGGGUCCUGAGGGUUGCCUGCUUAUGACAAUUAUGUUUAACUGUACACAGUUAUGAGCAGUUUGUUUUGAAAAAUUUUGACCCCAUAGGAAGAAAUUUGGUUGGAUCACAUUCAUCGUAAAUCUGUCUUUGUACCUGGCCUUUCUUUUGCCAUUUACUGGACUCGCAGUUUAUCUCAAGGCCAACAGCCUUGAAUUGUGUGGCUAUAAAUUUGAAAAUAUGACAAAACAUCGCACAGGCUACUACGAACAUACUUGGGUAAGUAACUCGUUAUUUAAAUGCUGAUGCUAUGUAAAAGAGUGAGUGCCACAGCUCUUUGUCUCAUCAGCUCAGUUCCGCCAACCAAUAUUCAAUAUGAGCUUUAUAUCACAAAAGGAAAAAAUUACUGCAGUUAUUUUUUUGCAUUUUAUGUAAACGCUCAAUAAGAAUGUUCUUUCGUCGUACCCGUCUUAAAUUUGAGUGUUUGAGAUUAACCUGAGGUAAGCUCUUAUUUAGGACUUUUUCAAGUAGAAACCGCAGCCUUUUUGCUUAUUAUUACAUACGCAUGUACAUAAUCAAAGAUAUACAACCUUACCUUUUCCAGACGGAAUUUGCCAGACGUUCAUUUUCCUCGCCGACUUUAAAGCGAUCUAUGACGUAUAAUUUGUAAAUCAUGUAAUAUCAUUUUCCUCUUUUCACCAGGACUGGCACGAUGACGACAGCAUCACAUGUAAUGGUUCUCAAAAGGUAAUAAGGGACGAUAUUGAGGUGUUGUACUCACGUUUUAUACGGUUCCUUAGUCAAAAGAAAAACAUCCUACUUUAUAGCAUUGCGGUGAUCUCAAAUCCUGCCAUGUCAACUGUGUCAUCAGGGGAUAAGAGUAUGGUGAAACUUAAUUAUUUGUGUUGUUGUGGUGUCUUGUUUAUUGGACCAUUGCACUAUAGUGACCCUUGACUUCCUUGUUGUUGGCAAAACCCUCCACAAAUUGACAAAGAGGGUUUGAAAUAAAAGGUUUCGAAAGGUUUAAGACUUUAAAUCAACCUAUUGAUAGAGAAAUAUACAAUUAGACCCAGGAAAGCAGCAUAAACAUAUUAAGGUAUCGGUGUUUCGUCCACUUCUGCGUGGUAAUGCAAUACCACGUGUCCUGCAGUCUAUACUGAGUGUAUAUUAGGCAAGAGGCUAAGAAAAACGGAGGCCUCAAUAUUUAAUUACUGAAUCCAUUUUAAAGGUGAAUUGCUUUUUGUAUUUAUUUUUAUGACUUUUAGACUGUUGUGGUUCUCCAUUAUGUUGUGAUCGUGUUCGCCCUCAUUCAUCUCACAAAGGAAAUUGUGCAAAUCAUCAGACAGGUUAGUAUGGCACCCAAUCUGAUAUGAGAGUGGGUAAUUUAGUACAAAGAGAGGAUGACAAAAAUCUAACUAAGCAUGCAAUCAGGUGUUUAAUAUUAAACCAAAAAAGACCUGUCAGGAGUGGGAUUCGAACCCACGCCUACAAAUGUAGACUGCGACCUGAACGCAGCGCCUUAGACCACUCGGCCAUCCUGACCGUCUGAGUUCUUAAGAACGUGAGCAUGGUUAGCUCAAUAAAAGUUGAAAGAAACCUAUGACAACGCUGACUUCUUCUGCAGACUACCUCUAAGCUCAUUCAACUAAUUUCUUCUUGUGUUCCCGUCACCAUAUUUAUACCAAUAGUGUAGCUCCAUUUUCUGCAUUACCCUUUUGUUCUCUCCCACCGACGUAGUACCACAGUUUUCUCUAGAAACUUACCCCCUAUAAUCUAAUAUAAGACUGUUGAGUAAUGCUUGGCUGUCAACUAUGAUUUCUCACAUGAGCAACUUUUCGACUAAGUAUCCAAAUAUAUAUUACAAACAUUUUGUGUCUUUCAAUAAACUUUUACAACUGUUUUCUAAUAAGCCUAAAACGGGGGUCGAUAAAUUUAUUUCUGAUUACUAAGCCACUUAUUUGUUUUUAUUACAGCGCCUUAAGUAUUGGACUGCCAUCACAAACUACAUCGAGUGGGUGAUUUACGUGUCUGCACUUGUUUUCGUGUUUCCGAUCUGCGCCUGCAAAGCGCAUUAUAAAUCUGAGGCAGCAGCAUUCUCCUUGUUUUUUGCUUGGCUCAAUCUUGUUCUUUACUUCAGAAGGUGAGACGCAAAGCUGUUACCACAGCCAGAUUCAAAAGUGUAUUACGUGUAGCUAAAAUUUUCUUAUAAUACUUUGAAAGCUCUUCUAGUUUUCAGGUGCAAUGCCUAAUGUUUAUCGAUAAAAUGUAUAUGAAUUUCUAAAAUACGAUUACAGAAGCAGCUCUAAAUUAGUUGUCUGCAGAAGAGGUCAGCGUUGUUGUCAUGGUUCCUUUUAACUUUUAUUGACUUACGUACCUGGCUGACGUACCUGAGCACUUAGCAUCCAGGCGGUCAGGAUGGCCGAGUGGUCUAAGGCGCUGCGUUCAGGUCGCAGUCUACGUUUGUAGGCGUGGGUUCGAAUCCCACUCCUGACAAUGCAAUACCCCUUUUGUCAUCUCCACCUUGUACAGAUGAGUUAGAAUAAAAUUUGUGUCGAUUUCAAAUUUCCUGCAACGAAACCAUUUUAUAAUAUCAACUUCAGGAGCUGAUAAAAUUAAAUGUUUUACUUCGUUCCUCAACUGUGCAAUAUAACAUUUUUACCCAAUUAAUCGCUUGUUUCGAGGGUAGCUUACCAAAUUUAGGGAACGAACACAACCACUGAUGAAAUAAUUUAGAGAGGUGUUUGAGUGGGUAGCCUGUGCUUAUGUUACGGCUGCUUAAUGCCGAAGUCCUUUUUGCAAUCAUUUGUCUGAUCAGAUAAAUAGAUAAACAAACUUGUAUUUUUUUGCGAUGACGGAGUCGAUGAAUAUAAUCAAGAUAUAAGGGAAUAGAUUUCAUUUUCCCGCAAAUGUUUUGCGCUUGAUUAAAAAGAAUGCAAAUUUAAUUGAUAUUUUUGCUUAUUUCCUUAGGUUUUCGUAUUAUGGAAAGUAUGUAAUCAUGCUGCUCACGAUGUUUAAAACACUUUUCCAGGUCUGGUUUAACUGUUACUUUUGUAUUUUUAUCAAAAUAGCUUUCGUGACUUCAAUGUAGUUAGUCUCAAAGUAAUGGACCAAUGAUAAUGCAAUCGUCGGAUUUUAUGGAGCAAACUUUAGAAACUCUUUCCUUUUUACUCUAUGUAGGUCUUGCUUCUUUUCUUUCUGUUUGUGGUAGCUUUUGGGACAACGUUUUACCUGCUCAUGUAUAACAAGGUAGGGGCUUUAAAGGUAUAAACGUAUUGCUUUCAAGGUGUUUAGCGUUUUUAGCUAAACGUGGGUUCAUUUCUAAAUGCAUGGUCAAUUACACUUGGGCGAACUGAGUCAGGGAAGAGCCAGUUGGGGAGAAAAAUAGAAUCGAGUGAAUUUAACCAAGUCGAUUAAAUAAGAUUUAAGUAGAGGCAAGAAAUUUUUUUUGUAUCGUAAUGAAUGCAAGAGGAAAAUUUGGGGUACAGGAGUUUUCUAAGUCUCCCAUACGCCCAUAUACGUUCAAAUGAAGGCACAAAUUGAUCCUCCUACCUUAUCAUUACAGCUUACAUGAAAAUGGAUUAAAGUUAGAUGAAAACUGCUAACGAACAAUGUUCUUAGGAAGAACAGAGUACAUUUAUGAAUAUCUAAGGAUUACUGAUCUGGAUGGUCUACAAUAGAUAUGGUAAUUUGGACUAAACCUUGUUAAUUCUUGUUUCAUUUUACUAUGUUCAGUCUAACUUUGACACAUUGGAAUACGCUUUGAUGAAAACCUUUGCGAUGACUUUGGGAGAGUUGAACUACGAAUCAGACUUCAUACCCGACAUAAAACUGCAUUAUCCUCUGGCUUCUAAUGUCAUGUUCGUGUUUUUCUCCCUGGCGAUGCCCAUCAUACUCAUGAACAUGCUGGUAUGUUUUGAUUCUUCAGCUUUAUAGAGGGGGAUAAAAGUCCUGUCUUUUCCACUUGUGAGAAAUUUCAGUGCUCAUGAACAUGCUGGUAUGUUUUGAUUCUUCAGCUUUAUAGAGGGGGAUAAAAGUCCUGUCUUUUCCACUUGUGAGAAAUUUCAGUGCCUUUAACAAGGUGAAAAAAAUUAAAGGUUGUUUCGCCCCAAAUACGCGAGAUAUAGACGGGUGAAGAACCAACCAGUAGCUAUAAUUCUAUAGAGACACUUUUACUUACCCUGGUAAUUUAAUUAUUUAUUUAAUUAAUUUUAAUAAUAAUAAUUUAAUUUAAUUGAUUAAUUUAAUUUAAUUUAAUUUAAUCAAUUAAUUAUUAAUAAUUAUAUGAUUUUCCUUCUUUUACAUCAGAUCGGUUUAGCUGUUGGGGAUAUUGACAAGAUUCAACAAAAGUCUGUUAUGGAUCGUUAUGUGAUGCAGGUAGACCAAAUAUGACUAGAACGUGUUGAGUCCAUAUUUUGUAGCGGUUAUAUUCCCUCGUAAAUGAAGUUGCACCUGCUGCCAAAAACAGAACUAGGGAUUGAAGGAAGUAUUUAGUAACGAGACUGAGAGACAGAAAACCUGCCAGAGGCAAUACCACCAUUAAUUAUAAGUAUUACAAUUUCCUCAAAUGUAGUGCAUCAGCUGCUAUUUUUUUAAAUGAGUCCACUCGGCUAAAUCUGCCAAUCACAGACUACAAUAAACAUACCAAUAACCAUACAAAACUGAGGAAUUUUCACCGAAAAUGGAGGAAUUUCAUAAUGUAGAAAAUGUCUAUAUAUUUUCUGAAAUAAAUGUAUUUGUUAUUUUUUGGAAAUUGUAAUGGCUAUGAUUAAUUGAUAACAGGACUUCAUGUAAUCCAGUUCGGUCUGUAAUCAUGCUCGUGAUUGACAAGUAACUCGUACAAUCACAGACCGAAUUGAGGUAUGCCACUAUGAAUUUUUAUUUAGGAAUAAUGCGCACAUGUUAAAACUGCUCUCUAAGCGAGCCUGAAACAUUCUGCUCUUUUUUAUUUUAGUUUCUUUUUGUUUUAAUUUCUUUUUGUUUUUAUCGAGAGAAAGUAAUAAAUUUUAAAGAAGCAAAGAUGUUUAAAAUUAUUACCAAGGUCGACUGAACUGCACUCGGCGAACUUACAAAUUCAGGCUAGAUAUUUCAACACGGAUUCUGACUGCGACGUACAUGGCUCCAACGAAAAAUUUGUGUUUCUGCCGUGAAAAGUAUGUGAAGCGUCAAAUUCAUUAAUUUUAUAGGUUGAAUUGCUCCUGGAGCUCGAGGAAUCUCUCCCACAAUGGAUUUUAAAACGCAUGCAGAUCGAUAAAUAUGAAGAGUUUCCAAACAGAAAAUCCAAGCUACAAACCAGAGUAAGACAUUGCUAAAUAAUGGUUAGACUGUUCAAAAAGUUUUAUACAACAGCAAAUGGUUGGACGUGCCGACUUAGGAAUGGACGAAGAUCGGCCUGUCAGUAAUGGGCCGUGGGCGAGUUCAGUUGGAAAGUGUCGAGUCCAUUCUACAGUUCAAAAAUAUGAGAUAACUUUAACUUAAGAGUACCUUGGCUAGAAAAGAGCUUCUGAUCAUGGAACUCUGCGCAUAAAAACAUGUUAAGGCGCUCAUCAGCCUAUUAAAUUAUAUAAUUUUUGUAUCACGCUCGAUGUUUAUUUACUAAAUUCGAUUUUGCUCAUUCUUAAUCAUAUUAACAUUUCGGCCAAUCAACGACGAUGUUUUAAAUUUUGAAAAUGAAAUGUCCAUUGUAAUGAACAAGUUGGAUAAAGAUGCAUUGCUAUAUUCAUUUAUUCACUCACCAUUCACUUAACUGAAUAUGAUUUCAUUUUUCAAGCUUUACGAGAAGAUCAUUGGAUUUGGAAAAGCAGAAAGUAAAGGAGAGGACGACGGCGUUCCUCCAGCCAUGGCGCAGAUUAUUGACAGGGUGAUGGAGCAAGACGCAAAGUAAAAAAAAUUCAUUUCGAAAAUAUACAAAUCAAACAUCUGACAAGCUUAUUCCCGCUUUCUCCAAGCUAUUUUUAAUUACUGAUAGGCGAAUUUAGCUCUAAGAAGACCACCUUUUUACUUAAUUUGAGAUUUCAGAACACGUUAAAGCUGAUGAAAAUGUAUAUGGUUGCCGUAGCACUACUAUUAUCUGGUUUCUAAUUGAGCAACUAACUUACUCCUUCAUUACAUCCAUUCUGAAAUAACUUUGGCUCCUUGCAAUCUGAUUGGCACUCAGCAAUACAAUUUGCAUAUGUAAUCAUAUGAUUUCGGGUGCAAUUUGUGAGUAACUUACACGGGUAAGUUUUUCAAAGGCCAACCAGUGUAGUGUUUGAAAAUUCAUGUGUCGAUUUGUCCCAAAUUGUACGAGAAAAAUGAAGUGAUUACUUGUUUAUAAUAAACAAGAAAAAAAUGUGACUUCGUUUUCCUCGUUUCGUCUUACGGCUCACUGGUUCGGCCGCUUGCCUUUGGUUUGUUGCCGGAGAAGUUGAGCUUUUCCCUCAAGAGCUUCCUUCUAGAUUUUAAACGCUUCAUUACGAAUAAUCGAGUGUUUAAACACUUUCUAUGCUUGGCAUCGGUGAAAAAGCUGUAACAUUCACACGGAGGCUAUAACGCUCGCAGUCUUCCACGUCUUUCUUAUGAACUGUUGCGUAAAACCCCUCGAGAAUUUUAAUCUGACCCUCCGCUUCGUCCGUUCCAAUACUUUUGUCAUAGCCCAACACUUCCAAACUUUUAGUCACUCGCUUAUGUUUUGUUGGGUGUUUCUUGUUCUUAGCAUUCUCCCUAAAACUCUGAAAGGUUGUUACUUUCUCCUCUUCUUUCUGCCAUUUUAUUUUGUUAUGCAUUCGCAACUUCCUGUCGAACAAUUUAAUUUUAACUUUCUGCAAUCAAUUUCAAUCUUUACUGUUUGGGAUUAAUUGACGUGUUCUUAGCCAAUGAGCAUACUGAAGUUGUGCAUGCACAUUAUUAAACUCACGAACCGCGCAUUUUUUUGCAUAUUUUCCCAACUACUAAGAAAGCAACAAUAAAACAAAACAAGCAAUCAGAUUAAUUUCAAGGCCUGUUGGAGUAACCAAUCAAAUUACAGGAAAAUACAAACGCAAAUACAAAUGCAAGAAGCGGUUAUAAAUCAAAUCUUGCAGCAUAUGUCCCCAAACCAUUUUUUAAAUUUCGUGAUUGAACUUUUGAUAAAUUUUGCAUUUUGUGAUUUCAAUGUGGUUGUAAAAGAGUGGUAAUUGAGCUGAUUAGGAUUCACUUUGGUCUAAAAGAACGAUAUACUUCGGAUUUAGAUCAAACUUAUUCUAUUUUUAUAAUCACUCGCAUGAUUUCAGACCAAAUUGCACUCCACUUAGUUCAACUAUUAUUAUUUAUCAGUUGCCACUCCUCGGCUAAAGGACCCUUUUGCUUCGUUAUAUUCCAAAAAUUCCAUUUCAGUUCAUUAAAAUAACGCUAUCUGCAAUAAUCCAUUUUACAUUUCAAUGAUACCUUCUUCUUCAUUUGUAAAACAUAGGAUAGACGAAAUAUACGCCAUGAUGAAGGAACAAUCCGAGAUCCUCAAAGCCAUCGGUCGCCGUCAAGGAGUGGAAGAUACUGCAUCAAACAGGAAGAGUAUUAUUGGAUGGUUCUUGAAGAAACAUUAGAUUUGGUGAAAAACAUGACAGCUAUCUCCGUGCUCUUUUUUCUAGACUGAUAAGGCUUUUAAACUUUUAAUUUAAAAGUUAACGGUUGAACAUUAAAAACAUAACUUCAAAAAAAAUUGCAGAUAAUAUUUGAUGGAAGACACGAAGAAUCUUUAAUUUACUUUCUCUCGUCUAGUGCUGUAAAUUGAUGUAAUGCAGUUGAAUAUGUUCAUUGCAGGUUUAAACAAAGAUAAAAGAACUAAGUAAUGUUUUCGUCUUUCUCAAAAUUGUUUUAAAUGGUAAUGGUGAAAAAUGUAAACAUUGGCAUCAACGUAGGAGCUCACUCAUACUUGAAUGUUUGAAAAGGUAGUCAGCUUUAACUAUAAAAGUACACUGUUUUAUCAACAUUUUUCCUUAACUUAUGCUGACAUGAUUUUGAAAAGUAAUGAGAAGUUCAAGCUGAUUUGUUACUAAGUGUAGAAGUUUGUAACAUUACAUUGCUGCUGGAAUCGUUAAAUAUAUCACUGUCAUAAAGACAAACGUUUAUUCUGCGUAUCUGUAUCACGUUAUCAAACACGAUGAUGUUAGAGAAAAGAGGCGUUUAUUACAUUGUCAAUAAUAAAUGGCGUACACAUAUGGAAC